AGUGCGAAGUCCAGCGUAAUGUGUGUGUAGUUUUCAAACUGGUUACGAGCGAAAGCUCGGUAAAUAUCCGAUGCAGGUGGCAACUCUUUUCCGCGAGUCCUCCACGUUACUGGGAGCGACAAUGGAAUCGGGCGGAAGCGGAGGUGGCCAGGAGUCAGGUGUCUCCAGCCUCGGCCCUGGACCAUUGUCCUACGAGUCCUACAACCACCCGGUGACCUUCUCAAAUAAGUACAAGCUAAACAUGAAACUUGAGCCCCAUGAUGAUGGUUAUGAAACUAGUGCUGAUAUGCUCUUGAACACUGCCAGUGUUACACAUAACCAUGAAGUAAAGUGUGAAAAAUUGGAAGACCCCUACAGUUUCAUUGAUGAUGACCCCAUUCCUAUGCUUCCGUCGGCUCCAGGGCCCCCUCACCUCAUGCAUCCAAUGCCACCAGUCAGCAAUCAACUACUACCUGGUCCUAAAAAAAGGGGAAGAAAAAAGAAAAUCAAACCAGAACAGCCCGAAUUUACUCAAGAUAUGAACGGAGGUAUGCCACGGCCUAUCAAAGAACGAAAAAAACAUGAUCGUUUCAACGGAAUGCCAGAAGAAGAAGUCUCCAAACGAACACUACCGGAUCAUCUCACCGAAAACUUAGAUAUAGUAAUAAUCGGGAUAAACCCUGGUCUUUUCGCGGCCUAUAAGGGUCAUCACUAUGCAGGGCCCGGCAACCAUUUUUGGAAGUGUCUAUACUUGUCCGGCCUGACUCCACAACAAAUGUCAGCUGACGAAGACUAUAAGUUACUUCAAGUAGGCAUAGGUUUUACUAAUAUGGUGGAGCGUGCGACGAAAGGCAGUGCUGAUUUGACACGUAAAGAAAUUAAAGAGGGUUCUCAAAUUCUGUUAGAGAAAUUAAGGAAAUAUAGACCUAAGAUAGCCGUAUUUAAUGGAAAACUCAUUUAUGAAGUGUUUUCUGGGAAAAAGGAUUUCAAGUUUGGAAGGCAACCAGAUGUUAUAGAAGGUACAAAUACGCAUAUGUGGGUGAUGCCAUCAUCCAGUGCUAGAUGUGCGCAGUUACCACGAGCUGCCGACAAGGUUCCCUUCUAUGCAGCACUGAAAAAAUUUCGUGAUUAUCUGAAUGGUUUAAUAACCGAAAUCGAUGAAAACGAAAUGGUAUUCAGUGAGCCUAGUCUGAAGUCCUGCUAUGAGGCGGAACCGAAACCCGAGCCGUUUUCUCCAGAACUCACCGACAUCAGUAACGCUGUGAUCCAAAACGAAGAUGGUACCAUAAUACCAUGCAAAAAGAAAAGAGGCAGACCAAAGAAAAUUAAAGUCGAAGGCGAAGAGCCACCCCCAAAACCAGUUGUUCGAAAACCUCCAGCGUCUCAGAACAAUAACUGUGAUUUCCCGAAGAAGAAACGAGGCCGGCCUAAGAAAGUGAAAGUUGAGAACAUGGAUAUGAACCAGCCAGAUAAUACAUCGACCAACAUGUCUCAGUGCUACUCGAAUCCGUCGCCCAUUCAGUCUCCCAACAACUUCUAUCCGAUGGGCCCAGCAUCGAUGACGCCCCCGAACAACUCCAGCAAUCUGUACGCCCCCCAGCCGUACAGUCAGUCCCCCAGACCCCCGUACAGUCAGUCUCCUCGGCCGACUUACAGCAAUUCGCCCCGGCCCCAGUACAGUCAAUCCCCGAGGCCCCAAUACAGCCAGUCGCCGAGGCCCCAAUACAGCCAGUCUCCGAGGCCACACUCCCAACCCUUCACUCAUUCCGACCUCAGCUCGGAAAUCAGCGCGGCCAUCAGCUCGGAGCAGUUGGGCUCUCCCGCCUCGCCCAUCGGCCCCCCGGACUUCGAGCCCCCCACUAGCAUGGCCGAUGAAGCGGAGUGCCGGCUGAGCCCCGCCCCUUCCACCAACAGCGAGCAGGCGCACUAUCACUAUCAGUCCUACAACAUGGACCCGCCUCACCCGCAGCCGGAACCGCAGUCACAGUACCAGUCGCCGCGACAGUCGCAGGAUAUCGCUUCCAAAAGCCUGUCCGGCCUGGAAUCUCUAGUCGAUCAAAUUCCCAGCAUAACCGAGGGAGAAGCGCCGCCUCCGUUGAACGAGGCGCCCGACCAGUAUGGCCAAUUCAACAACUACAGCUCGUCUUCGUCUAGAGCCAGUCCGGUGCCGUACAAUUACCCGCCGAGUUCGAGCUACCCGAUUUACCCCACUCCCACCUGGAGUGGGCCAUACGAGCCGAUGCCGCUCGGCUACCCGCAGAUACCGCCGUACGCCCAGAGCUAUGGGCCCGGCUUACACGUCCCUAGUCCAAACUAUCCGUACUACAGUUACCCCCAACCCACUCCUACCCACCCUCCCGGCUACCCUCCCUAUUUGGGAGGGUUCUGAUUGGUUUCCGUCACUGUGUUUUCAUGUUGUGUACCUGUACCAUAUGUUCAGCUAGUACCUAGCAAGUCUGUCCGCUUGAGUACAGUUGGUCACUUGCAUUUCGACAACAGAGACUUGCACAGGGUAAAUGGUGAUAUUUUUUUGUCAUAAGUAUUUUUCUCUAAACUUUGAAUGUUAGAUAGGCCGAGGGUUUUGUGCAUUAUUCUACAUUCAGAUCUCAGUCGAGUGUGUGUGUUAAUCUGAGUGUGAGGUUCAUCGUUAUAGUUGUAGCCCAUGUCAUUUCAUUUUAAAUAAACAUUUGUUAUAGCUC